AUCUAUCUUUGUUGCGUACCUAAACCAUUUUCUUUCAUGUUUUGAUUAAUCCAACAGUGAAUUGAAUAAUAAAUAUAUGGAAAGACUAACUCGAACUGCUAAUCUGCCACUUAUGCGAUUCGGACGAUCUUUUGAAAAGGAAGCCAGUUCUUCUGCUAUGGACACACGUCCAAGAAAUUCGGAUGAUGUUGUUGAUGAUGAUGUUGAUUUUGAUGAUGUGUUUGGUGGGCCUCCCACACGUACGAGGUAUAGUUUUGGAGGUAGUAGGAUUAAGUCGUCUGAAGAAUCGUCCACGAGUUCAGUGUCAGGAUUGUGUGAGCGGCCGGUUUUUGGUGAGUCGUAUAGUUCGCCUAGACGGCCUACCAGUGAUGAUUUUUAUGAUGAUAUCUUUAGAAGAAGUGAUGAAUCUGUUCGGUCUCCUUCUUAUUCCACUUCACUUCCUGCUGAAUUCAGUCUGCCUGCAAAGAUGAUCAAAGGUGUAGAUAUUCCUGUAUUCGGUUCAAAUGUGCAUACACCAAAUACUUCUUUCUCUAGAUAUUCAUCUGGUCAAACAUUGUUAUCUCGUGAAUCAUCUAGUGUUAAGGAUUCAACACACUUUGCACAAUCUAAUGAAGAUGAAGUUGAGCAAAAGUCUAAGACUAGAACAACGCGAAUAGGAUCUCCGAGUAGUGAAUUUCACUUUUCUAUACAUAAAUGGGCGAAUGUAGGAGUGCCGUUAUUGAUGUCUCUUCGUGGAGGCAAACAUCCGACUUUGAAAGGAAGCAGUAAAGUUAGCGCGUUAUCAAUGGACAAUAUGCAAGAAUCUGUCUUUCCAAAUGAGAAAUUAUCUGCAGAGACGGCAGAUGUGAACCUUCCAUCUGCAAUUGGUUCAAUGGAAGUGACCGAGAAAGAAACUUUAACUGUAAAACAGGAAGUUAAAGAGCAUGUGGUCGUACCUCCAGCUCCAAUUUCACUAGUACACGAUGAGAUUGAAAAAAAAGGUCAUGGAGAGGCUGGAAGAGAGGUAGAAGAGAAGAAAAGCGUGGAGACAAGUAAGAAAAAAGUUGAGGCGAAAAAGACUAAUGACAGUAAAAAAGUAGAGGCAAAUAAGCCUGUUAUUGGAUCGCCUAAAAGGUCGCCUAAAAACCGAGUCAAGGGUAUGGUCAAAGAUUUCUUCAAGAUAUCUAAUCAAGACAGUCCGCCAAAGGCCAAAAAGAAUGUGAGCUCUAGAUGGAUACCUAGUGCCAGAAAUCGAACUCAAGAAGAAGUCGAUGAAAUCAUUUCAAAAUUGGAUACAUUUCCAGCAGCGAAUGCAGAAGCGAUACCAGAUGCCUCAAAGACAUCAAAAUUGGCCAGUGAAUUGUCUGCAGAAAAUGUCAAAGUAGGACUAGAUGCUUCAAGCGCAAUGCCAUUGGAUAGUAAAUUGACUGCGGAAAAUGCUAAAAUGAACACUGAUGCUUCAAGCACAAUACCAUUGCCUAGUAAAGUGCCUGCAGAAAAUGUGAAAAUGGCACCGGAUGCUUCAUAUAUGGUGGAGGAACAAACUGGGAAAAUUAACAAGCAGAAAUAUGCACAGAAUCGUACUAUUAGAAAACUUGAAGAUAUUAACUUUCAAAAGGACUCUUCAGCAGCUUCAGAAUCCGUUCCUUAUGGUUCUAAGGCUAGUGUUGAAAAAAUAGACGAUUUCCUGAUAGAAGAAUUGCCUCCUGUAGAGGACAACCAAUCUAAAACUCAAGAAGAAUCCGAGGCCAUCAUGGCUUUGGAUUCAAAAAUCCGUAUGUGGUCAAGUGGAAGAAAAGGAAACAUUCGUUCACUACUCUCGACUUUACAGCUUGUUCUGUGGGCUGAGAGUGGCUGGAAGCCGGUAGCACUUGUUGAUAUAAUAGAAUCGAAUGCCGUGAAGAAAGCUUAUAAUCGGGCCAUGUUAUGUUUGCACCCCGAUAAGUUACAGCAAAAAGGCGCGGAUGCACAAAAAAAGUACAUAGCAGAAAAGGUCUUUGAUAUACUUCAGGAAGCAUGGGAUCAUUUUAACACACUUGGUACUCUACUUUGACCAUUGAAGGUCCCAUUUCAUCAUGAUUGCUCCCACCACCACCAAACAAGACAAUCUUUCAAUUGUGAAUAUCAUCAUCAUAUUGACUAUGCCUGCAUAAAGGAGUUUUACUUUUUCAAAUUUUGAGCACAAAACUAGUUACAUACCACAAUUUUUAAUUUAAUUUUUGUUCUAUAGAAACUAUAUAUUAUAAGUUUUAUUUUGUGUUACAAGUUUGGCAUGAAUAUCGACAAGCACAAAUUUUACUUUGGCGAAA